AUGAUUGAACACGUCGGAGCCCACAUCCUCUGCGACGACGGCCUAGAUCACACGGCCGAGUUGUGUGGGUUCUGUAUGCAACCUAUAACCAAGUCCGGGUGCGUCUUUUACCUACGACCCACAAAAGGUUCUGGUAGCUCGUUUCAGGUGGACGUAACCCGCUCGUCGUGUCCCAACCCCGUUUAUUUUUCCUAUCAUUCUGCUGCUAGCUCAAGCGAGAGCGCGCCAUGCACAAACGUGCCGGUAGCCUGUCCGAUUUGCUCCCCGACUAACAAGCUAGCUGUAAAAAAUCCGGCUGUAUGGAAGUAUUCUAUGGCUGCCCACCUUCGAAUCCACCACGCGUCUUCUCAACUACUACCCCACCUCAUCGCGAAGUACACGACUCCUCAAGACGAGGUCAACAACGUCGAGAAGUACAUCUGGCAGAGGCGCUUCCACAAAUCCCGCAAGUCGCGCAAGAUUUAUCAAGCACCCACACUUGCUGUAUCGGACGCCCAUCGCACUUCCCGCCUCGCGAUCGAGUCAAACGAGGAUGAAUCACGAUCCGAGGCUCUACAAGAACUUGAAGCGCAGGAAGAGGAGUCCCUCCCUGCAGACGAUAUUGACGGCGAUGAUGGCAUGUUUGAAUCACGCCCAUCUGACGCCGAGAACGGCGCCGAUAACGUACUCGAAGAAUCCCUGGAUGCCCCGGCGUUUGUCGAGAACGACGUCGUCACGCGUGCUGGCAGGAAGAGUCGCAAACGCGACCUCAAUACUAUGCUGCGCGCGUGUGACUGCGAUAAAGUCGUAACGCAGAAAGAGAUUAAGGACGGCGUGGCAAUUCGGUGCAAAUACGAUCGCUGUGAAACCGGAUGGUUCCACCUUACCUGUAUGUAUCUAGACCAUGUUGAAGCUGAUUGGAGGUGCACAUCGCACGUUCGGCCGUUCAAAAAGGCCAAGCGCGGCGGCAGGAGGUAG